UCAGCAGGAGUCGUGGACUACCUGUUGCCUCAGGUAACUGAAAACAGCAGUCUGAUGUUAAGAGGAAAGACAUGGGGGAGAUAGAAGGCGGUUGUAGUGAAGCCUGUUAGCCUGCUUUUACACACAGCACGAGAUUUUAUUGCUGUACACGCAAGGACACACUGCGGGAUUAAACAUUAAAGUUGUAGGUCAGAAGUCUGACCACUGCACUUCCGGGGACUGCGUCAUUUCUCUCCCUAUGUCACCCUGACGCUCCAAAAUCAUGUCAGGCAAUGGCAAAAGCAUCUCUAAAGGGUGGGACAGGGCAGGAAGUCCUGAAUCAUGGUCCAUGCAGAGUAGCAGCACUAAGAGCAGACCGUAUGAGGAGCGCUGUGUUGACCCGGUCAGACCCGAGACUCAGUACCCUGGAGCAGUCCACAAAGUCCAGCGAAAAGAUGCUAAUGGCAAUGCAACAGAGCCAGAGAGUGUCCGCUUUCUACCGGGAAAAAAGACGGAGUCCAGAUCUGGUUCCUGCAUGUGCGGUCCCUGUGUCUCAGUGAAAAGCUGUCGGACGUUUGCGUGUAGCGUGUUGACGUGCGGACUGUAUCGGGUGUGUAGACGAAUGCCGUGUCUGCUGUCCGCGGAAGCCCAAGGUGACCAGCCAGAGGUCGUUAAAGCUGAGACGUCGGUACCUGACGCUAAGAGCGAUUUUUAUACUGAUCUUUGUAUCGGUGGCGUCAAAGUGGAUCCGUCAGCGCUAAUGGAAGAACACGGGUCAGUCUCGUUUAACCUUCCUAAAGCGGAGCUGGACAGUCCAACGUACCAGAGUGGCAGCAUGCAUUUCAGCGAUUUACAAGACGAGGACUUCAUUUAUCAAGGCACUAAUGAGGACGUGGACUCGCUAAUCACGCGUAAGCUGCUGGAGGUUUUCUCCGAGUUCGAGAUCAACGAGCUGGCGAAAUGCACAUCGGACUCCAUGUUCCUGAAGCGCUCGCAGGAGUUCAGUCAGCUGAUCUCGGAUAUCGUCCAGGAGCACAACAUCAGGGAGCAGGAAGCGGAAUGCCGCCUGGUGCGCGAGAUCAUCCGUAUCAGCACUCGAAAAAGCAAGAAGAAAGUGACGAUGAGACAGCAGGAGCUGCAGAGAGACAGUGGUAAUGACACCUGGAGGAGCAGCAAGAGGAGCAGCAAGAAGAACAGCUUCAACUUGAUGAGCGACGGCAGUCUGAAGAUUUCAGAGGAGAGAUCUGAUGAUGUUGAAGCACGGAAUCUGCGGAACAACAGUAAGCAGUCAUACAUGCCCAGCUCUCCAGCGUCUCUCUCACCGAACGUCACCCCCAUCACCUCAGACACUCCUUUACUCCUUCACGGACUGAGAGCUUAAACCUGCCUUUAUUUCUCCAGCUCCGUCUCCAGCACUGGGAUUGUAAUGAAGAACCUGCGCUUGUUCUCUCUUCCCGUCCUGAGAGGUUCUGACUCGAUUCCCUGACGCUAACUUUCAUGGAUUUAUCGACUUGUCCAGUAGAUAGUGACGAUGCUGGAAAAAAUAAAUAAAUAAAAUCAGCAUUAGCUUAGUUUUUUUUUUCUUUGUCAUUUUAUUCAUCAGAAGAACCACUGUUGCACUUUCUGAAGAAGUGACUGAAGGACAGCUAUCUUCUGCUUUGUCUCCGUCCACACACAGGUGAAGCGUGUAAAUAACCUGUGACGCCUGUCUAUGAGCCAGAGAGACGAUUUAAAGGAAAAUAAACCUGGGAUAUAUGAGGACACUCGUGAAUAAAA